UUUAACCGUAAAAGAUGGGUAGAAAACGACAUGCUGGCGCAUCGGAGGAAACGGAGGGAGAGUACGAUUUGCCAGCGAAACACAUGAACACCAGCCACAUCCGAGCGAACGAACGGCGGCUGAUCAUUGUGCUCGAAGGGGCUCAGCUUGAAACGGUCAAGGUGGGCCAAGUGUUUGAGCUGCUAAACUGUGACGAUCACAUCAACAUACUGAGGAGGAACAAGCGCGACCCGGGAAGCUGCCGGCCCGACAUAACGCACCAGUCGCUGUUGAUGCUGAUGGACUCGCCGCUAAACCGGGCCGGACUGUUGCAAGUGUUCGUGAAGACGGAAAAGAACGUUCUGAUCGAAAUAGAUCCGCAAACGAGAAUUCCGCGCACCUUCAAACGGUUUGCCGGUUUGAUGGUGCAACUGCUGCACAAAUUUUCCGUCAAGGCAGCCGAUUCGGAUAAGAAGCUGAUGAGAAUUAUAAAAAAUCCAAUCAGCAACCAUCUGCCUGUCGGGUGCAGAAAGAUAGCGAUGUCUUUCAGCGCCAGCGAGGUGAAGAACGCGAAGGAGCUGGUGCCGGCGGCCAACGAACCGUUGACGCUGGUCGUUGGCGCGUUUGCGCACGGCAAUCUGAACCUAGACUAUACAGAAGGAGCGACAUCCAUCAGCAACUAUCCUCUGUCUGCAGCAUUAACGUGUACGAAGUUGUGUUCUGCUUUCGAGGAAGUAUGGGGAAUCAUCUAGAGCUAGCAAUAAACGGUGUCGUCCCGUUAAAGUA